GGGAACUAUAGAGCCGAAGCGGGUCACCUGCCUCAUCGUUGUUCAACAGUGAUAAUGCCCAUAUCUACCUUCCCACAGGUCCCCCUCUCGUUCUGCGACCGCCGCCAACAUGCCCAGCCCGCGGACUUCAGCCCGCAGCAAAGACGAGAACUUGAUCCCCAAGCCUGCCUAUGUUGCGCAGGCUGUCCUCAAAUCCGCAGCUGCCAUCACGCUCUGUCAACAGAUGGAUAUUUCCCAGGACGUCUGUAAGGCCUUCGUGGAGAUAGCCCGUCAUUCGACACAGGCAUACCUCGACAUGGAUUCGAGCUGGAGAUACCAAGACGGCCGAGCUCUCAAGCAUCAUGAUGACUACGUCCGGCGCCAUUGGCCCGACAUCGAUAAAUACGAGAAUCAUUGGCCUCUGGAGCGCAUCACCCGCAUUAUCCUCAAGGACAGGCACAGCUACGUGCAAAAGCAGUCGCUGAACAAAGCGAGGCAGCUGAGCCUUCCGCGACACCGAUCGGCGUCAGUCGCAUACAUAGGAAGGCCGCCUCUCAGAUCGACCCAGGCAAGCGCCUCUUCCUCAAGCACAUAUCGUGGCCCAGACAAAUCUGAGCCCUCUUCAAGUUCGAGCUACAGAGCGGUACGCGACAAGAGCGCCGUGCCGCGUGCUAUCGCACAUGCACCUGCCCAGUCGAACAUGGCCUCGCAGGUCGCGCCAUCUUGCACGACGAAGCUGUCGGAUGAGAAUGAUAUAAAUCUCGUCAGAAACUUUCUCAUUACAUGCAAGCUUCCUGUGGACAGAGUCCUUCCCCAGCUGCUACAGCUGGGCAUCGAGGACGCCAAGGCACUGCUUAUUUUGGCGACACAGCCGUAUCGCAAUAUGUGGUUGGACAGGGUCCUCGAGCUGACCCCCAUACAAUUCAAACUACUGACGGAUGGCUUGAACACAUUCGCAACGCGCGAGAGGCUUAAGGAAGGCUUGUGAGACGCAGAUUGAGAUGUGUACGUGCCGCAGAUCCCGCCAUGCUAUCCCUUGUAUUCCAGUUUGUACCCCUCAACAUUUAUCAUGACUGUAUAUGUUGUACAACAUGCCUAGCUUACUCCUCCUGAUCCGUCCUGUACAAAACCUGUUGCUGGAAUCUCACGAUAUUUGUUGUUGUCGUAAUAGCACAUAC